AUGUCUCGUUUUCCCAUCGCCUCUACUUCUACACUACCUACCAUCAUACCACCACAACAUAUGGAGAGUAAACGGGAUCGUAAGCGGCGUGAAACCGUCAAUAAGAUUGAGCUUUUACACGAUGAGAGUUGGCGUACCAAGGAAGACAAGUUCAUCUCUUUGUACAAAGAAUACAACAAUGAGAAUAAACAAGUCAAUAGUCUACCUCCCACUUCAUCAAAGUACUUGCUAGAGCUUUAUCCUUACACAGUCGAACGAGACGCGCUGCUGGAGUCUGCUGAUCGGGAAUUCGAGUACAAAUGCAAUCAAGCGAGGAGGAUACAUGAAUCGGAACGAAACGCCAUCGAAGCCCAAUACUGGGAUGGACGUGAACAAGCCAGACAAAGGCUCAUCGCUGCUAUCGAGGACCGCAAACGCAAAUUGCGUGAAGAGAAGGAUGGUGGAGAGGUGGUUGUAGAUGGAAUCUCCGAGGCACAGAAGGGUCCACCCAAAAAACGUCGUCGACCUAUGCUCGUCCCCCGUUCAGCUCGACGUUCAUUCACAAGCUCUUCCGACUCUUCAUCCCGUCGUCUUAUCCCUCGUGGUAAACCCUAUACCGCCAGUUCAAGCAGUGCAGAAAAGUUCAACCCUUCCGAUGUACUGUUAAACUCCCUCUACGCUCCACCUCUUGCCGUUGUCAAACUCGACGAUAUUCUUUCCUCCGAUCCAUCGUCGUUAGCCAUCAAACCCGCUCUCAACGGUAACGGAAAUAUUACUUUACAAGCCAAACGUGGACCUCGUGGUGGUAAGAGCGGUGAUAAUGGAGAUAAGGAACUUGGCACACUCGCUCCUGGGACUGCGACAGCUCUCGCUGUGGCAUCGGGACAGCAGGUGGUGGUGACUGCCCCGAAAGGUGCGAGGAGCGCUACGGCAGGACAGACCAUCUGGAACAUUGGCAAGAGCUUGACAGAUAUGAAGCGCAUGGAAAGUCUGAGUCAAUUGGAGAUGGAGGCGGAUUGGGCGAGGAUACAGGGGACGACUGGAAGGGGUAGACGGACUAGGGGAGAUUGA